AUGAUGGAAAAUAAACAUUUGUCCAAUAUUUUAUGCUCCAAGAAAAAUGGGAUAUUAGAAAUCGUACUAAAUCGACCAAAAAAAAGAAAUGCCAUUACUAUUUCUAUGUAUAACAAUUUAUUACAAAUCUUACAUGAAUCUAUACAAGAUAAUACUAUACACAUAGUGGUUUUAACUGGUAUGGGAAGCUUCUUUAGUAGUGGAAAUGAUUUUAGUUUUUUAUUAACAAGUCAAGAUGAACAUGUAUUAGAUGUCAAAAGUAUGAUUAAUGUUUUUAAAGAAUUUAUAGAUGCAUUAAUUACAUAUCCUAAACUUUUAGUAGCUAUUGUAAAUGGUCCAGCAAUUGGAAUUGCAGUAACAAUGCUUCCAUUGUUUGAUAUGAUAUAUGCAUCAAAUACAGCUUAUUUUCAAACUCCAUUUACAAAUUUAGGCCUUGUUGCAGAAGGAUGUUCUACUUAUACAUUUCCCAGAAUAUUUGGGAAAUCUAAGGCCAGUGAAAUGUUAUAUUUAGGAUAUAAAAUGAGUGCAAUUGAAGCUAAGCAAUAUGGUUUGAUUAGUGAAGUGUACAAACAUGAAUGUUUAGAUGAUGUCUGGUUAUAUUUAAAAAAAAUUGCUGAAUUUUCAUCAGAGUCCAUAUUGGCAAUUAAACGUUUAGUUAAAAAAUGGAAUCAGAAUAUUUUAUUGCAAGUUAACGUAGAAGAAUCAGCUGAACUUAUAAAAUGUAUGCAAGCUUCCGACACUAUAAAAAGACUGAUAAAUGUUAUGUUACAUAAGAGCAAAAUUUAA